AAGGAAAGCGUCUAUAUCUAUAUAUUAACAUAUAUUUAUAGAUAUAUUUAAGGAUAAAUACAAUUCAUGCUAGAGUAUACAGUUAGCCAUCUUACUUUGUUUGUCAGUGCGAAGGAAAUUAUUCGAGCUAUGUAAUUUUUCCAAGUCUUUUCCUACGUAUUUCUUUUACAGAGAUUAAUAACGCAAAGUUUGGUUUGUAAAGAAUUAAGUUGACAGUUUUACGUCUGAUGUAGGCGGAGCUUAGGGGCGUCUCUCUCCUUGGAAAAGUUGACAGUUUUAGUUCGUCUGCCGCGGUUAACAGAUAAAAGAACCAUGAAAAGUCUAGCAGUAAUUUGCAGUUUGUCAGUCCUAUUUGUUGUUGUUUUGAGUGAAGAUACAGAAAAGAGGAUGAUCGAUUCGAUUGGAUCUUCGCUACUCAAAAAGAGAAUGAUUGACCCAAUCGGUUCGACUUUGUUGAAGAAACGAAUGAUAGACACAAUCGGUUCAUCGUUGCUUAAGAAGAGAAUGAUCGAUACCAUUGGUUCGAGUCUCUUAAAAAAACGGAUGAUCGACACCAUAGGAUCGUCUCUUUUAAAGAAAAGAUAUUUGGAUUCCAUUGGUUCUGGAUUGCUUAAAAGACAGCUAGAUAGAAUAUCUGAUUCCAUCUUUAAGAAAGAUGAACAUGAAAGACAAUUGGAUUUCGUUCCUGACGGUCACAUUCAGUUUGAAGGUUAAACUAUUCUCCUUAAUUGAAUUUUAAAGGAAUUGAAACUAAACAAAAAAAACAAAAUUAAUUUUAUUGGUGUCAAAGUUAAAAAAAUGAAUAAAUUAUUUUAGUGUUCAAUAGAUGAAUAUUCAUAACGCUGGUUCACUGGAGAACAAAAGUAAUAUUUAAUAAAAAAUAUAUAUAUAUAUAUAUGCAUAUUAAUGAAUAUAAAUGAAUAUAUUAUAUUCA